AUGAACACCAUAUUCCACGAUUUAAUUGGACAGUCCGUGGAAGUUUACAUCAACGACAUAGUGGUGAAAUCCAAGAGUUUUUCGGAACAUCUGGUGGAUCUUGAGCAAGCUUUUCGGAGAAUGAGGCACUAUAAUUUAAGGAUGAAUCCAGCGAAGUGCGCAUUCGGAGUGGCCUCCGGAAACUUUCUGGGUUUCAUGGUGCAUAAUAAGGGUAUUGAGGUGGAUAGUAACAAAACGAAAGCUGUCAUCAACGCCCGACCGCCUGAGAAUCUGAAGCAACUUCAAGGAUUCCUUGGGCAGGUCAAUUUUCUGCGGAGAUUUGUCUCGAACGCUGCAGAGAAGUUUGUGUGGAAGCCACCACACCAGCAGGCUUUAGAAGCUAUUAAGGAAUCCAUGGCCAAUCCACCGGUGUUGAUGCUGCCACAAGCAGGCAAACCUCUGCACUUCUAUGUUUCAGCCACUGAGAAUACGGUCGGUUGCUUACUGGCGCAGGAGGCUCCCGAUAGAAGCGAACGCGCCAUUUUUUUACCUCAACCAGCUUUAAGGGGAAGGCAAGCGAAAUGGGCUGUAAAGCUAGCCGCAUUUGAUUUACGAUAUGUAUCAAUCAAAGCUGUUAAGGGACAAGUGGUUGCUAAUUUCCUAGUAGAUCAUCCGAGCUCGGUGGCUGACCAAGCGGCUGAUCGUAUAGAAGCUGUUAUUAGCCCAAUGCCGUGGAUCUUGAAGUUCGAUGGGUCCAGCACACAGACUAGCGCUGGAGCGGGGGUAUUCAUUGAGAGUCCCUGGGGACAAAAGUGGACUGUUGCUAGGGCUAAGGCGAUCAGAGUUCAAGGCGACUCACAGUUAAUUUUGAAGCAGAUUGCUGGAGAGUUCCAAUGCAAAGAUGAGAGAAUGAGAAAUCUUCGAAUGGAAGCAGUUAGGAUGUUGCGAAUGUUCGAUGACGAGGUGAUGGAAUUCAUACCUCGAGCCGAAAACAGAAUAGCUAAUGAUUUGGCUCAAGAAGCAUCUUGGUAUAAGUCAUCAGCCGCGGGAAAUUUCAAAUCAGCGCGAGUAUGUUUGUGCCCAGUGGAAGCGGAGGAUUGGCGUAUGGAACUAAGAAAAUAUUUGGAACAACCAACCGAUAAAACUCCGGAAAAGCUGUGGAAGGCGGCUCUGAAGUAUACUCUGAUCGACGGAGAUAUUUUCCGCAGAACCGCCGAUUGA